CAGGUUUGACAGGAUGUUAAGUCAUACGCACUUAGUCAGGGCUGUGUUUGACGCUGUUUACGAGAAGGUAUUGACACAGAUUGGGAAUGAACUGGGCAACACUGCAGAUCCUCCUCAGCGGGGUGAGCCAAUACUCCACUGCUUUUGGUCGUGUUUGGCUGUCCAUGGUGUUUGUUUUCAGGCUGUUGGUGUUUGUCGUAGCAGCACAGAGCGUUUGGGGCGACGAAAGCAAAGACUUUGUGUGCAACACACAACAGCCCGGCUGCACCAAUGUGUGUUAUGACAGCAUCUUUCCCAUCUCCCACAUUCGCAUCUGGGCUUUGCAGCUUAUCUUCAUCACCUGCCCAUCCCUCUUAGUGGUGGCUCAUGUCAAAUUGAGAGAAGAGAAGGAUAAAAAGUUCAAAGAAUUUCACAAGGGUAAACAUCUAUACGCCCACCCAGGGAAAAAGCGCGGUGGGCUUUGGUGGACCUACAUGCUCAGCCUUUUUUUCAGAGCAGGAUUUGAUUGUGCCUUCGUCUACAUCCUGCAUCAUAUUUAUAACGGCUUUGACAUGCCGCGUCUCUCCAAGUGCUCACUGGAGCCGUGUCCGAAUACGGUGGACUGUUUCAUCUCACGGCCUACAGAAAAGAAAAUCUUCACGAUCUUUAUGGUGGUUACAUCUGGAUUUUGCAUCAUGAUGUGCCUGUGUGAAAUGAUCUAUUUGAUCGGAAAGAAAUUAUACAAAGCCAUAAUUAAGCGAAAGGUUCCUGGAAGGGUGCCUUGCAAGCACUGCGAUGCUACAGAUCAUGCAAAUCAGAGACCGAAAAGUAGAAUAGAUCCUACACUCACCAGUGUGGAAAACCUCAUGUUGUUAAAGCAAACAGACCAAACUCCUGAGAAAAGUGCCAUACAGUGAGGGGUUAUUAUCCUUCUGAGCUGUAAAUCCACUCACUGUACAUGAAUGAACGAAUCAGAUGCUAAAUUUUAUUCAUGAAUAUACUAACAGUGAUGAACACAUUAUGGGGAAUUGGUCAACACUUUCCAAAGAGUGUAUAACAUUUAUGUCAUGUACUUUGGUGAGAAGAGAGCUUGAACUGAAGCCUUUUUUUCUAACCAUAAAAUUGAUCACAAGCUUGAUAAUGCACCGAUAACUCUCUGUAAACGUAUUAUUGUAAAGUUUCUUAGACCUACAGCUUAAUGGCCAAAUGAGUUGGGGGGUGAAUACUUAUGCAACCAACCCAUUUUUUCCCCUUUUCUUUAAUUAAACUGUGGAUCACAAUGAAGAUAUUUCGCAGCUUUAAAUUUUAGACAUAUUGUGUAGAUCAAAUGGUUAAAAAAAAAAAAAAAUACCAAUAAGCCCGGGGUUGUAAACCGUAGAGAAGUUUUAGGGGGUGAAUACUUCUGCAAUCACUACGCAUAGCACUUAUACUGUAAAGCCUGAAAACUCGAAACUGAGGCAAGUUGUAAAUAGACAUUCAGUGAAGUAUUAAGAUACUUUUUUGAAGAAAUAAAAUGAAGUUCAUUGAAGGCUUAAAUCACCUUUUUUUUUUAAUCCAGUUCUGGAAAACGUUAUUUAUGAUGCUUUUGUUACAUUGAGAGAUAUUUUAGAUACAUUUGGACGUGCAGAGCAAACCUUCUGCUGAUGGUUUUGUUGUCGCAUGAGGAGAAGUGAUUGUGGGACUGUGGGAGGUGCGACGACUGUUACGAAAUCCUUGAAGAGCGCUGUGAACAUAAUAGGAAAUAUAAGCAUAGUUUGUACUGUAUCUCUUUACCCACAGUGACAAACCUGGUUAUUUCUCACGGGUCAGUUUUUAAUUCGACUUGCAAUCGGUGAAAGUAUAAAAUCCAGGGUCAGUGCACCGACUACGAUUCAUUCAAAUGAGACCCGUAUGCAUGGCUGUGUUCAGUGUGUAAUAUCUGAAAUGUUCCUCUAUAGUAUGUUCCAAUAAAAAUCUAUUGAGA